AUGUUUUCAUCUGCUUCGAAGACCCACAAAAACCAACCACCAUCCCCAAGAAAGCUUCCAAUCAUUGGAAACCUUCAUCAACUAGGCUCGAACCCCCACCGUUCUCUUCAGGCCUUAACCCAAGCACAAGGUCCGCUUGUGCUCAUUCAACUUGGCAGUGUACCCGUGCUUGUAGCCUCCACAGCUGAAGCAGCCCGGGAAAUCUUAAAAACCCAUGAUGUGAGGAGCAUUGCAGUGCUUGCGCUUCUAAGCAGUAGAAGAGUUCAGUCAUUUAAACGAGUGAGAGAAGAGGAGACUCGUCUUUUGAUUGACAAGAUUGGAGAAAAUUGUGGUUCUUUAGUUGAUUUAGGCGAUUUGCUAAAUUCGCUUACAAACAAUAUAGUUUGCAGGGUUGCCCUGGGGAGGACAUAUCAUGGGAUGAAGUUCAAUGACUUGUUGGCAAGGUUUGCAUAUCUGCUUGGUGCCUUUUCCGUUGGAAAUUAUAUUGGAUGGCUGUCGUGGGUGGAUCGACUGAGUGGUCUAGAGGCAAGAACAAAAAAAGUCGCUGAAGAAUUUGAUGAGUUUCUAGAGGUUGUUCUUGAAGAACAUAUAAAUAAGAAAAGAACAGUGGAAGAAGGCGAUAUAGCUGGUGAAAACUAUGAAAGCCAGGAUUACGUUGACAUCUUACUGGAUGCUCAAAGAGAAAAUACUACCAACUUUACCCUUGACAGAGAUGUCAUUAAAGCAACUAUCAUUGACGUAUUUGCUGCUGGAACUGAUACUACAUUCGCAGCCAUAGAGUGGGCAAUCAGCGAGCUAAUAAGACAUCCGAAAGUAAUGAAAAAGUUGCAGAAAGAGGUCACUGAAAUAGCGCAAGGAAAAUCUAUGAUCACUGAGGAAGAUUUGGAAAAAAUGCAUUACUUACAUGCUGUCCUCAAAGAGACUCUCCGGUUGCAUACUCCACUCCCGCUACUCAUUUCUCGAAAAUCAACAGAAUAUGUCAAAUUAAUGGGGUAUGACAUUCCAGCAGGUACUCAAGUGAUUAUUAAUGCUUGGGCAAUAGGAAGAGAUCCUUCACUCUGGGAGGAUGCUGAGCAGUUUAAGCCAGAGAGGUUUCUGAAUAGUUCUAUUGACUAUAAAGGGAUGCACUUUGAGUUCCUUCCAUUUGGUGCUGGACGCAGAGGGUGUCCUGGUAUUCAGUUUGCAAUAGCUAUUAACGAGCUUGUUUUAGCAAAUCUUGUGUACAAAUAUGAUUUGGCAUUGCCAGAUGAUGUGAGAGGGGAGGAACUGGACAUGAGCGAGUACACUGGCCUUACACUCCAUAGAAAGUUCCCUUUACUUGUUGUGCCCAAUCCUCACUUCUAGUAGAUGCCAAAUGUAAUCGGUGGCAAACCACCGGUGUCCAAUUUAAAUUAGAUGAUAAUAUAACUCGAUCGAUCUUUACUUGGGUGGGAUCGCAAUAAUAUCAUCAUGUAACUAUAAUAUUAAUUUUAGGGGCAAUUGUCAUAAAAGCCCCAUAAAUUUUCAUAAAAUUAUCGGUCGUACCUUUUGGUGUUUUUAG